AUGACGGCGAAAUACCCCAGUACGAUGAGCUGUACGGAGGCUUUUGACCAGCUGACCGCAUGCUAUUCGGUCGGCGGGCAGUUUCGCAAUUAUUAUCGGUACGGCGAGUUUAAUCCAUGCGUUAAACAGCUAGCCAAGUUCAAAUUCUGCAUUGUCAACGGCACUGAUCCAAUCAAGGUGCAAGAAUGGUACCGCGACCAAGCUGAGUAUAACCGAAUUCAUAGGGGCAGUUCAGAUGAUAUAUGGGAGGAGCGUAAAUAG